AUAUUUAUUCCUUCAUUUCAUAAAAUCAAAUUUUAUUCUGGGUCUAUAUAAAGUGAUACAAUUUAAAAAAAAAACAUGAAAUAACUAUUAUAUAAAAAAUUUGUUAGGCCUACUUAAAAAAUCAAAAUUUAGAAAGAUCUCACUUCCGCGAGAACAAGCCGCCAUUUCAGUCGAUGUACGACGAAGAGGAGGAGGGGACUUGAAAAUGAGUUUCUUUGGAUUCGGCCCAAGUGCCGACAUUGAGAUAGUGCUAGAUGGACAAGAAUCUAGAAAAACUGCUGAAAUCAAGACAGAAGAUGGCAAAAAAGAAAGGCAUUUCUUGUACUAUGAUGGAGAAACAGUUGCUGGGAAGGUUAAUAUUACAAUGAAAAAAUCAGGCAGUAAAAUGGAACAUCAAGGCAUAAAAAUAGAAUUUAUAGGACAGAUAGAAUUAUAUUAUGAUAGAGGAAAUCACCACGAAUUCACUUCCCUCGUCAAGGAGUUGGCUCGACCAGGGGAGAUCACUGGAAGCACAACUUUUGCUUUUGAAUUUCAACAGGUAGAAAAACCAUACGAAUCCUACACAGGUGCCAAUGUUAGGUUACGGUACUUUUUACGUGUGACCAUUGUGAAGCGAUUGUCAGAUACUGUGAAAGAGCAGGACAUAGUAGUACACACGUUAUCACAGUACCCUGACAUGAACAGCAGCAUCAAAAUGGAGGUGGGCAUUGAAGACUGCCUACAUAUAGAAUUCGAAUAUAAUAAAUCCAAGUACCACUUGAAGGAUGUUAUAGUCGGAAAGAUAUACUUCUUGUUAGUACGAAUUAAAAUCAAGCAUAUGGAAAUUCAAAUUAUCAAGAGGGAGAGCACCGGGACAGGUCCCAAUACGUAUAAUGAAAACGAAACAAUAGCAAAAUAUGAAAUCAUGGAUGGAGCACCUGUGAGAGGUGAGUCAAUACCAAUCCGAUUGUUUCUGAGUGGGUAUGAACUCACACCAACCAUGAGGGACAUAAACAAAAAGUUCUCAGUCAGAUAUUAUCUCAACUUGGUCCUGGUCGACGAGGAGGAGAGACGGUACUUCAAACAGCAGGAGAUCACAAUUUUCCGUCGUGCUGACAAAGCCCGUCGUGUUGCAGCAGCCGGAGAGAAGAGGCAAACACACCACUCAAUGCAACACCACAAGGAAGCAUUACCACCACCAUCACUAAAACCAUCAGAGGAGAACUCAGACAGCCAAUGAUAUCACCACCUGUCCUGUCCUAUCAUUCUUUUGUCACAAGCGUUUUGUGGUUAUCAUAGAAACAUUAAUUAUUUCAUUCAGUGUGUGUAUGUACAAAAUUAGCUCCUAUGUAUAUGUUUUACCUGUCAUCACUUUUGCGCCCAUGUUGCCAUGUUAAGCAAACAUUGGUGUUUCCACACUUUGCAAUAAUUGUUCCUGAACAAAGUUUCUUCAGUUUUUUGUCAGAUUCCUUUUUUCUUUUUUUCUUUUUUUUUUGACAUGGGUAUUUAUUAAAAAUCAACAUAUGAAGAUAUGUGUAUUGUACAAUUUGUAAUGUGUUAGCCUUUGAUGUUUGGGACCAUAUAUACAGAUGGACAAUUUUGGCAUUGUUAAAUAGGCUUUGAACUUUGAUAGAUACUUUCAUUAUCAGACAUGAAAUAAUCGUUUUCCUCUCAGAAUAAUUGAGGGAUAUCAUGAACUUGCAAUUUAAUGGCAGACAUGGAUUUUGAUAUUUUGUUGCAAUUUGGAAAAGAAAAUUCAUUUUUACGAAAGUUGGUGACAAUGGGUAAAUGGAUGUUUGCAAAAGUAGCAUAUGUUUGUUCAAGCUGUAUACUAGUCCAUGAACCAUGAGACAUAACAUGGAGAAGGGUUAACCAAGUUACAAAUUUCUCUCAUGUGAAAGGAUAUUUCAGUUAUUUAAAUCCAGUACUAAUGUACAUCAAAUGCCAUCUUUGUUUAUAAAAUGUCCUUUGUAUUGGGGUGCACGUGUCAGAUUUAGUUGAAUUAGUUUCCCAUUGAUAGCCAUAUGUUACAGUGCUAUGUAAUUUUGUACAAAUGUAAAUACAAUAUAGAGGAAAUUACGUGGACUUGUGUCUGCAGUUAUGUGCAAUGUUAAGUCAUACCAAGUAUGUGAUUUCAAAUUCACUCCCUUGAUCGGUAAAAAUCAAAGAAAUGUGAGGGCUAAGUGAAAUAAAAGUGGUUUAUGAGCAGUUGAUCUGCUUUCAUCUAGGUUUUUGCAAACCUUUAAAGCUCUAACAAUGUUUAAGUUCACAUUACCCUACAAAAAUUAUUAUUAUAAAUUCAAUGACAUUACAAGUUUCGUUUAUUCUUUGUGUUGGCUAUGGAAUGUUAAAUUGACAUAUAUUCGAAUAAUUGCAGCAAUCCUAAGUUAAUGGACAAUUACCAAACCAAAUGAUGAUUUAGUGAAUAUUUAGUCUUCUGAGGAACAUAAAAUAGUUUUAGUGAAAGAAUUUCACAUCAAUGAUUAGUAAUAUUUGCUAUAAAAUGUACUUCAUUAAUUGGACAUUUCAAUCAUGAAAUCCUUUGUGCUGUUUAAUCGAUAAACAGCAAACGUGCUAAAUUGUUGACUAGCAUGUCAUUCCAUGUAUGAUUAAACAGUGUUUCAGUAGAGAAAAAAGCUGUUGAUGUUUAGAAUAGUGAGGAAAAAACUUAUGCUUGUGCUAUGUUUUAUGUAUGUACCAAUCUCUGUUAAGCGUUGUAAAUUUAAAAUGAUGGUAGUUAAAAGUUUGAGUGUGAUUUGUGAGAAGGUUUGAAAUGUGUGCUUGUCAGAUACUGAGUGAAAGACAUCAUAUAUAUAAUGUAUUUAUGAAGUAAAAAUGUUACACUUGCAGUCAUACUCCAGUAUGAUAUGUAAAAUAAGUAUCUCUAUGUUAUAUGUCAAGGAAUUGUGUCAGGGGAUUGAAGAUAGUGGUGAGCGGGGACCAGAUGUUCUUGAAAUGCAAAUAAUAACACUGAUACAUCUGUUGCAGCAAUUUUACUAACUUGCCAUAUUGUGCAGUUUAUUGCAUUUCUGUUUAUAAAAACAAAUUCAGUUCAUACUUAAGGGCCGUGUUUUGCAUUUGAUAGUGAAGCAAGAUAUUGCAAUAAGAUUGAUUAAGGUUAUAAACCCUUUUAUCCAAGACUUGGUGAAUUACAAGUGAGUGUGCAAAUGGUGUCUUCAGUAAAAACCAUUUUGGUGCAACUCGGACUUGCUCUAACCAAUUGCUAGCUUUGAAUUUACUAUAUUGAAAUUAAUGUUUACACAGUAUGAUUGUUGGCAGAGUUCUUCAGUUUUGUUGGCAAUUCCUUGUCUUGUUUUUCCUAUAAAAUUUAAACAAAUAAAAAUCUUAAUACACAG